UCAAAACACGGGGUCAAGUCACAUUCAUUUUUCAACAUUUUGCACCCACUGCCAUCUCCGGAAGAAGUCUGUAGAAUUUGUACCCAUUGCACAUUGGCCUCUGUGAGACUUUUCGUCAAACAAUUUGCGUGCCGUGCGACUCCAAUGGAGAAGGCAGCCGAUUCUGCUGGUGCCAAUGUUGGUGACCCUUGUCCUCCUUUCAAGCUUCUCCUCUCGUGCCCCGCUGGUCUUUUACAAUCACAGGUCUCAGUGGUUUUUAAUGAAGCAUACGAUCGGAUUCCCCACCCGGACACCAACCUGGAAAAUUCCAUUUCUGAGAUAUGGGAUCAGAGGUUUCAGAAAAACAAUUCAUUGUUCAAUGGGCAAAAAUUUCGGUACGGAGGAUGCUUCUUGCAUGGAGGUGGAGCAGUUUGCCUUCAACUUGGUUUGACAGAUUAUCGGACAUUUGUAGGGACAAACUUAAAUCCUUUGUGGGAAAAGUUCUUGGUCGAAUCAGAAGAUGACCCUAUCUGUUGUCAGCACACCUCAAGUCCACUGGGCAAUGGUGCAAUAGUGGAGACAUCUGAUCAGAAAAUAAUUGUGUUGCAAAGGAGUAGUAAUGUCGGGGAAUUUCCGGGAUCCUUUGUCUUCCCAGGGGGUCAUCCAGAGCCCCAAGAAGUUGGAAUAACAUCCCAUCAGUAUGACAAGGACUUGACAGGCUCUGAGCUUAUUAACCAAAAAGUUUCUCAGGAGAUGUUUGACAGCAUAAUUCGUGAAGUAGUUGAAGAAAUCGGUGUACCUGUGGCAUCCCUUUGCAGUCCAGUUUUCAUUGGUAUAUCUCGUAGGGAGUUGAAUGUCAGACCAGCUGCAUUUUUCUUCAUCAAGUGCAGUCUGGAGUCGAAGGAAAUUCAACAAUUGUAUUUGAGUGCACAAGAUGGCUAUGAGUCAACUCAACUCUAUGCAGUUUCCAUGAUUGAUUUGGAGAACAUGACAUCAAAUAUGCCUGGCUGCCAUCAAGGUGGAUUUGCCCUCUACAAGUUGAUGGUAGAAGCUCUGAAGAUUACUUGAUGAAAGUUCAUGACUACUGAUCAUUUAAAGCCCUCAGUAUCUGGUGGCUCAGUAGCUUUUCAGCUGCAUUUCUGUGUCUUGGAUCUCAAAACCCUAAUAUACCCUGUCCAACCAAGGGUUUAGAAACUUGGUGGUUGGCAAAUAGAUAAAAUUGCAUAAUGAUUUGUUGUUGUAUAUGCACAUAUGGUUUUGUUUUUGUAUCAAUUGCAUGAUUAACACUCCCUCCCUCCCACAAUAGAUGAAAGUUUGUAGAA